AUGGCAAGAGAACACAGCACAGAGCGCCGCAACGAGGAGGUCAAGGCUCCAGCCGGCGGGAAGUUUAGCACAUUGUUUCCGCUCGGCCCGAAGGAGGGUUGGACUCAAUGGUGCACAAAUUCAUCACCUGCGACCACAGAAGAGAAGGUGCUCUCAUUCAUACCUGGCGUCCAGAAGCCGUCAACCGCCGGAUCCGCCACGACCAAGGGUUCAUCAAGCUCGCAAUCGUCCUUGGCAAGCUCUACUGGCAAUUCCGAAACGUCCUCUUCGGGAUCUACCCCCUACGAGUCCGGUUCUCGCAGAUGGAACUCGCAGCUUGUUCAACUAAGUGGCAAGGACCGCGCCCUCAAUGAGUUCUCAAUCGAAAGGGUUGGCGAGAAGGUGGAGCAUAACCUCGUCAUGCUCCAUGGCUAUGGCGCCGGCCUUGGCUUCUUCUACAAGAACUUUGAAAGCCUCAGCAGACGGCCUGGGUGGAAGCUGUACGCUCUGGAUAUGCUGGGUAUGGGCCGAAGCAGCCGGCCGCCCUUCAAGAUCCGGACAAAGGACCAUCAGGGCAAAAUCACAGAGGCGGAGAACUGGUUCAUCGAUGCUCUGGAGGAGUGGCGUGUCAAAAGGGGCAUUGACCGCAUGACCCUUUUGGGCCACAGCAUGGGCGGUUAUAUGGUCACAGCAUAUGCGCUCAAGUACCCCGGUCGCAUCGAAAAGCUCCUCCUCGUCAGCCCUGUGGGCAUUCCCGAAGACCCUCUGGCCACGAAGUCCGAUCUCCCAGAGGCUCCGACUGACUCGACCGCAACCAAUGAAUUCCUCCACGACCAAAACAUCUCCCUGGACAACAGCACUGCGGACAUCAAGCCGUCAGAAACGCAGCAGCCAGGUGAAGAAAAGCCGUUCCAGAAGCCACCGCCGAAGUGGCUCGUCCAUCUUUGGGAAGCGAACAUCAGUCCUUUCUCCAUCAUCCGUCUGUCUGGCCCCUUGGGCCCGCGCCUGACCUCCGGCUGGACAUCCCGUCGAUUCGCACACCUUCCUCAGGAGGAAGCACUCGCAUUACAUGACUAUUCCUACUCCCUUUUCCGGCAGCGGGGUAGCGGCGAAUACGCCCUCGCCUAUAUCCUGGCGCCGGGCGUCUUCGCGAGAGAUCCGCUCAUCCGCAGGAUGCACAAGAUUGGCAGGCAGGAAGGCGAGAACGGCGUGCCAAUCGUCUUCAUGUACGGCGAUAAUGACUGGAUGGAUGUCAACGGAGGCCUUGCUGCAGAGAAGAAGAUCAAGGCUGAGAACGCAAAGGCGUUGGAGGGGAAGAGUGAGGAAGAGAAGAGGAAGGAUAACGGAGACGCAAAGGUAGUAGUGAUUGAGAAAGCCGGCCAUCACCUGUACCUCGACAACUUCGAGCACUUUAAUCGGGUGAUGGAAGAGGAGCUGCAGGAUGUGGAACGUAGACGGUCGUGA